AAAAAAGCACGGACACAAAAGGCACAAAAAACAAGAAUAAGAACAAGAAAAAAAGAGGCAGCUCAUAGUUAGGGCAAGAAAAAGGGCGGGAUGGAGGGUACCGUGACAGGCGCUGGAUGCCGGUCCAGAAUAGCCUCAUCGGCAAGCACCGUGUGAUUGGAUCCGUGGUCCCGUCCAACCAGCUGGGACACGCGUUCAUUCGCCCAAGGGACGGACAGGAAGCCCGCAGGCCCUUGCGAACACGGGACAGAGAUGGGGCCCGUGGUUGAUGAUGAUGAGAUGAUGAUAUCGCCCGAGAGAAGACGAAGGGAGGAAGCAGAUGGACGGCAAGGGGGGAAAAGAGGGUGUGAGCAGAGGCAGAGGCACAGCAAGAAGCACAGAUCACUUACAUCGGAGCAAGCCACGCUCGGGGCCAGAGCAAGCAAGAAGAAUCCAAUCACACGGCCAAACCGUCUCGUUCACGACAAGCCCAUUCUCCCUCACGCCCCUCCUCUUUGUAAGGUACUCGUAAGUGUUGAAUGACACCAUGUUACCGGAACC